ACAAGGAAAGAAAACAGGGACACUAAAAGCCCUCUUCUUUUCAUUUACUGUCGUAGACAGAGACGGUGGCUCAGAGAGAUGUUGCUCAAGGUCUCGUGUAAUGCAGCAGUAGCAGCAUAUGCAGGGGACCAAAUCCAAGCCCAAUGCAGAGUCCUGGGCCAAUCGCCGACCAGACCCAACUUCCCUCGCCGUCGACGUGCUGUCGUUUUCUCCUCUCCGGUUGCUAAAGCCCCUCUGGUUCAGGCUGUGGUCUCUGAAGGACGGGCGAGUCGGGUCGAGUCCGGGUCAGGUGGCUUGGCGGAUAGGCUCCGGUUAGGGAGCUUGGCGGAGGAUGGGUUGUCUUAUAAGGAGAAGUUUAUAGUGAGGUGUUAUGAGGUUGGGAUUAACAAAACUGCUACUGUUGAGACCAUUGCCAAUCUCUUGCAGGAGGUUGGAUGCAAUCAUGCUCAGAGUGUUGGAUAUUCAACAGAUGGAUUUGCGACAACCACCACCAUGAGGAAGUUGCAUCUCAUAUGGGUGACAGCUCGCAUGCACAUUGAAAUCUACAAAUACCCAGCUUGGAGUGAUGUCGUUGAAAUAGAGACUUGGUGCCAAGCUGAAGGAAGAAUUGGAACCAGACGUGAUUGGAUUCUGAAGGAAUGUGCCACUGGUCAAGUGAUUGGGAGAGCUACAAGCAAGUGGGUGAUGAUGAACCAAGAUACCAGGCGGUUUCAGAAAGUCUCUGAUGAUGUGCGGGCUGAGCACUUAGUUUUUGGUCCACGAGAGCUCAGAUUGGCAUUUCCAGAGGAUAAUAAUCGCAGCUUGAAGAAAAUUUCCAAACUUGAAGAUCCUGCUCAACAUUCCAGGCUGGGACUUGUGCCCAGAAGAGCAGAUCUGGACAUGAAUCAGCAUGUUAAUAAUGUGGCCUAUAUCGGAUGGGUUCUGGAGAGCUUGCCUCAAGAAAUUAUUGACACCCACGAACUACAAGCAAUCACCUUGGAUUACAGAAGGGAGUGCCAGCAUGAUGAUGUCGUUGACUCCCUCACCAGUUUGGAACCUAUUAAGGAAUCUGGAGCAGUCUCAGAGCUUCGAGGAAUCAAUGGAUCUGCUACUGCAACUGCUAACAAUCAAGAGUGUCUUAACUUUCUGCAUCUGCUAAGAUUAUCAAGGGAUGGGCUUGAAAUAAACCGUGGCCGAACUGAGUGGAGAAAGAAACCUGCUCUAUGAAGAGAAAGUAGAUAUCUGGCAGCACUCUGUGCAGAUAGAUAGAAACCUGCCAGGUGACGAGAGAACACAUAUCUCUGGUCGUGCUGAGCAGAGAAAGAAAUAACCUGCCGGAUGAAGAGAAGAUUUAGAUUUUUGUACUAUUUCAUGCUCCAAUCACUUUUUCACGGUGUCUUUCUUUUUUUCUUUCCUUUCUUUUUGUCUCUGAAAAAAGAACUACAGGGACUUUGUUCUAAUUUUGUUCUGUUAGGUUACAGAUUGCUGUGGAACUUAAUAAAUGGAUUGUUUGGACUUGGUGAA